CCUGCGCACCGGCCGGUCGUGACGUCACGAUCGUCCAUUUUGAGUCGGUUGUUGGGAGGGAGUCUCGAGCUCAGGUCGUUCUUACAUCGUGUUACCUCAAUUUUCUUCUCUGUUGCCUUCCCCAGCGACACCUAAGGCUAAUGUGUAAGGGUAUUAUGUUCUUUGGCUGCCUUGGAGUGACAUUUAUGGCGUUUGUGAAGGAUAGUGCAGAGUACUGCAGGGCACAACACGACCUCCACCUCGCGUGAACUCUCCACCGAACUGUGCCUCCAGCGCUAGCCAGCAAUAACCAACGCCCCCCUCCCCCUCUGUUACCGCACCUUGUUGCCAUUUGUGGCCAUCCGUUCCCCGACUUACCCAGAAGCACUUUGGAAUGGGGUAAUUUCGACUACGGGUAGAAAAAACCCCUGCCUUACUUUUAGAAUUCUUCGAAACGUCCAAAUAAGGGCGCCGCCAACCCGUCUCUCCCCCCUUGUGUGGGAAGGAAAGUUCCGGUCAGCGUGAACCGUGUGCUGUGAUUGGUUGAGAGAAAGUCUGUUGCCAUGGCGAGACUGAACAGACCGGCUCCGCCCGUAGUGCUGGAGCAUAAGGGCAUGAGGUUCCUCAUCAUGGACCGCCCCUCCAACUCCAACCUCCCCAAAUACAUCGAGGAACUGAAGAGUCACAAUGUGAAGGAGUUGGUGAGAGUAUGUGAGCCCACCUACAGCAUUGAGCCACUGGAGAAGGAAGGCAUCCAUGUUUGUGAUUGGCCUUUUGACGAUGGAGCCCCCCCACCUAACAACAUUGUGGAGGAGUGGUUCAACCUGCUGAAGACUCGCUUCCGUGAAGACCCGGGGAGCUGCAUCGCCAUUCACUGUGUGGCCGGGCUCGGCAGAGCGCCUGUUCUCGUUGCUCUGGCCUUGAUGGAGAGUGGAAUGAAAUUUGAGGAUGCAGUGCAGUACAUCAGAGAUAAGCGUCGUGGAGCUAUCAACGCCAAGCAACUGAAUUUCCUGGAGAAGUACAGGCCAAAGUCCAGGCUGAAGAUCAUCACAAGGAAUGGGGGGAAAAACAACUGUUGUGUCCAGUAGCUCUUACAGUCCCUCCGCGUGUACCCUUCCACCCCCGUCUUACCAAUGAAACGGUCCUGCCCUUGUUCUGUACAAAAAAAUGGGACCAGUCCAUUUUAAUUUGUCAAUAAGAAAUGGAUUGUUCCAACGAUAUCAACGUUUUUUUUGUCGUUCCCCAAGUUUGGCCCCCCUUUUUGCCCCCCCUCCCCAUUUGACGGUAAAAUUUACGGCAUUGUUUCAUUCCUACUAGUGUGAUGUGUUUUUGGAAAGGGGAUUGUUUCAUAAUGCUUGAACAAAAUGCAUAUCAUGUGUGAAAGACACUGAGCCAUUUUUCCGGAGAAAAGUUUCCACAAGUGCACUAAAAUAUUUAAUUCUAAUGGACAAGUCCAUUCUGUGUGUAAAAAAGGGAUGGGAGGGACCACCUGUGUAGAGGAAAUAAAAACAUCUUACCUACAACCAUAGUGGUACAGUCUACUCCAUUCUGAUUCAAGUUUUUUGAGUAAAUUUUUUGUUACCUCAAAUUUCUGCCAAAAUUUUUUGUGUCAAGCUGCAGAAAUUGUGUAAAAGUUGAACAGAAUUAGCCAAAUAUUUCUAUUGCACAUUUUAAUAUAGAUACGUUUCUCAAAUAUCUUUUGGACUGUUGAGUAGUUUCAAUACCGGUUUUUGCCCAAGUUUCUUCUUCUUCACCGCUUGUCCCUUUGCAAGGCUUCUUUGUAAAUGUGAU